AUGGUGUUGAGUCCAUCCGAUGUGCCGAAUAAAGGUCCCCUGUUUGUGAAGGUGACGGCCGUCUUGACAGUAAUUGCUUUCAUAUUAGUGGCAUACCGAAUACUGUGGAAAGUUUACAUGAAGAGCAAGAUCGCCGCCGAUGAUGCUAUCAUCUCAUUUUCUAUGGCCAUACAGAUCGUAAAUACAGUCAUGGGUGACUUAGCAUGCCACUACGCCUUCGGUCGCCACCGCGCCGACGUAGUUCGAACAGGCGGCAACCGUGUUCUCGCAUUGAAGUUCUUCUGGCUCUUCCAAAUCUUCUACAAGCUUGUCCUGUGUCUCAACAAGCUAUCCUUCCUCGCCUUCUAUCUCCGCCUCUUCCCGACUCCCAAAUUCCGCCUCAUCUGCUGGAUUACCAUUGUCCUUGUCCUCUCCAGCACCUUCGGCUUCGUGAUCGCCACCAUCUUCCAGUGCAUCCCCGUCCACGCGAGCUGGCACAAAGACAUCCCCAAGACAUGCGUCAAGAACGCUGAAUUCCGUUGGUCAUGGGCCGGAUACAACACAGCCAUGGACAUCUGGGUGUGCCUAAUGCCACUGCCCCUCCUGGCCCGUCUACAGCUCGAUCGCAUCCGCAAAGUCGGAGUCAUGCUUGUCUUCUGCAUGGGCCUAUUCGUCUGUAUAACAAGUAUCAUUCGCAUGUGGGCCAUGGUAGAAAGUACGAAGACAAAAGAUCCAACCUGGGGAUCUUUCGAUGCGCUGAUAUGGAGCGCUAUCGAGGCUAGUACGGGCAUUAUCUGCGCCUGUUUACCAUUCUUGAAGCAUCCGAUCCAGAGAAUUAUCCCGAGCUGGUUUGUUUCAUUAUCGAACGGGUCGAGGAAGAGUCGGUCCCGGACUAGACCGAGCUAUCGGAUGAGUCGGCUCGGGUCGCAGUCAGGUAUUCGGACGGGUGGGCGGAGGGAUGAAGAAUACUAUGGGGAGGGCGAUGCCGAGAGUAUGGGCAGUCAGGGGCCGAUUGCGAAGGGACAGAUCGUUAUGAAGACGGAUAUUGUUAUGCGUAGUGAGCGGGCUUAUUCGUGA